AAGAAGAAGGCUCCAUAAACCAUGCAUUUCCUCAAAGCCAUGGCUUUUAGUGUGGACAAUUUUGGACGGCCUUGGAGCCCGCUUAUCCAACAAAUUGCUUAGUAUCCGAAACCGCCAUUUCCGCAGUGAUAACGUGGCAUCCCAAAUAUCGGUCCGCAAUGCAUGACGUAGAGCAACCAGGCACCCUUCCCAGCCCCAGAGAGAGAGAGAGAGACCAAUAAUCCGGCAACAAUGGCGAACCCUCAGAUUUUGAUGCCAUAAGAAGGUCCAAUAGUGUUGGAAAGAUGGUCAGCUUCAAGUAUUGGGAUGACUGUGUUGAUCCACAGGAUAUGGAAGCAAUGUGGAGGAGGCCUGAAGUGAACACUGAAUGGUUAGAUGCUGGAGAAACUAUAGGUCAAAAGGUUCAUCUCUCACGAGAUCCUGAUGGACAGAACUAUUUGACGCAGACUGAGAUGAGGGCUGUUGCUGAUAUUAUUGUUGGCAGACAUUUUGAUUCACAGAUAGAUCCGGAUAUGCUCUGUGCUCUUGCUGAACUUGAAAGUGACAGGCAGCUCCUUGCUAUGCGGUAUGAUCGUAAAACCAAGCAGACCACUGUAGGGAUAAUGCAAAUAUCACCCAAAACUGCUGAGUGGUUGGUCAGUGAAUUAGGUUAUCGGUCGUAUGAAGUGGAAGGAAAUCCAGACCUUCUGUACAGGCCUUUUGUGAACAUAUACUUUGGUGCUGCCUACCUUAAAUAUUUAGCUAACUUUGACCAAAUAAAAAGAAAUGAAGAAUUUGUAGUUAGGGCAUAUAAAGGAGGUACAAAAAAGGCAACCCAUAAGUCAACUCUUCCAUAUUGGAAUCGUUAUCUUUUGGUCAACGAGAGUCUUCCGACCAGAAAAUUUGCUGGCGGUGGUAAUGCACCAAUUGAUGCUUCUGUUUCCACUUCGCCGGUUUCCACUAUGCCUGUUUCAACUUCGCCUGUUUCAAACACAGUUGUUAGUCAUACCCAAUGGGAAUCUAGAGCUAGUCCUGAAGACAUGGAAGACAUGUGGAAUCAUCCUGAUGUUCUAAAAGAGUGGACCAAGUCGGGAGAAAAACAAGGUCAAGUGCGCUUUUCUCUUGAUGCAAAGCAGAGACCCUAUCUUUCCCGGGUAGAACUGAAGGGAGUUGCAGAAAUUAUUCUUUUAAAACACUUCAGUGAAAGGGGAGUCAAACCUACAAUACUUUGUGCUUUAGCAGAGAUUGUUAGCAUGCGUUUCGUUAAUGGGAUUCCACCCCGAACUGGAAUAAUGGGAAUUGACUACUCUACAGCAUUCUGGAUUUACAUGGAGUUGGGUUAUAGGGCUUACAAAGUUGAUUCUGCUGAUGAUUUGACAAAGCCAUUUGUGUCCAUGUACUUUGGUGCGGCCUAUAUGGCUUGGUUAUCAGAAUAUGAAGGAAUGGAAAGAACUCCACAAUUUGUUGUUCAGGCUUAUCUUGCCGGUCCAAAGAAUGUGGAUACGCCGGAGAAUGGUCCGCUCUGGCAGAAAUUUGAACGAGCUUUGAGUGACUACGAAGGCACAAGGAGGGAUCGAGGAGGAAGCUGCACCAUCUUGUAAGUGGCCAGAUACCACCGUACCGUCAUUUCUUGGAUUUUGAGAAGCAUUCAAGCUGCAUUGAGUUAUGUUGGUUGUAAGAUCUGGUAUAAAAGCCAGAGGAACAAAUGAUGUUUUAAGAUUGCAAAAUGAAUCAGUAACGUUUCUGUACUUAAUACGUUGUGGGAGAUCGAGUAGACAGAUUAAUCUUGGUA